AUGCAGGUCAUUGCGACCUCAAGACCGGUGUGUCAAGCGCCACCAACCUCACACUCCCUAUUUCGGCUCGAGCUCCCAAUCAGCCGUUUUCUGCAUCUUCGUCUUGGCUCGCUUAAGCUGAAACUGCGCUUUUGUUACGACAGCCAAAGAACCACCCUCAAUCUAGCUUCACAAGGCUGGAGGCUGGAAACUGCAAGGACGCCUGAAAUUCAAGAUUUGCUCCUGCAGCACCUCUGCCACCAAUCCCGGCCGAUCGCACACCAACUAGAGCCUACAACGCUUGGCCUACCGGAAAGACAAGAACGCCCUUGCAGGGUAGUCAGCAGCAACGGCGGGCGUGGGCCAAGCCUUAGCAAGAUGACGGCAGGAGCAGCGGAAGCACUCGAGACGGCCGAGACGUACGAGCAGGUGAGGGAGCCUGUAUUAUCACCGCCUUCGCCUAUUCUUUGCAGGCAUGUGCAUGGAAGCUGUUUAUCUGACUCACUGAUAUUUGUGGUAGCCAUUUAUUCACGUAGGGGAGAGUUGCUGGCAAACUUGGGCAUUUUUGUAGCAGCCAUCUCUUGGGUAAAGGGAAUUUGUUUAUCUGACCGUGGUAGCAAUGGGGAUUCGUAUCUCAAUCUUGACGUCUUUUUUCGAGACGCUCUAUGUCGAAACUCUCACCCUGAACCCCAGUCCGCUGGGGCGAUCGUCGAGGGGCCUUCUGCGUCCUUGUCCAUCCUCGGCUUCCCUUUUCAAUCUAAGCACCUUUUCGAGAAUUUCGUCUCCUCGUUGUCUGCUUGGGGUUACGAACUCUCGCUUCCUCACGCUCUGGCGCGCUUUACAGAGCUAAUUGGGUAUUUUAGCACCCGUCGACUGCUUUCUCAUUCCUUUUCGCACUCUUUAAUUCUUACUUGUGGCGCCUACCUUUCUCGCUUGUGCAACCUAAAGUUCUCCCUCACGCAGCCCUCGGUGAACACUCACCACAGCCUUAAGCUGUACUUGCAUAGCUCCUUAAUCGACAUCCCUGCCGAAAUCUGCAACGCACAGACAUGCCAGAGUCUUCGAAAAGUUCCGCGUAGUUCGCCGCUCGCAGACCUAGAAUCUAACUCACCCAACUUAUGGUCGAGAUCUCCGAUAGUUUGGGGGCCUACGUUAAUUACCACUGAUGCUGCUGUUACGAUGGACAGUGCCUUCAGAUUUUCCACACUCUGUCUUGAGUUGCUAAUUGUGCAGCAGAGUCUUUCCUUUCUCAUCGUGCAGCCGCCUAGGAGUGCUAGGGUGACUUGCCAAAUUAGGCGCAGAAAAGAUCAAAUGCAUUGCCUGUUUCAACUAAGCACAUGGCUUGCAAGGGAUGUCCUGCAGGCUGACUCGGCCAGGAUUGCUUGGGACCCGAGUUGUGGCUUGAGCCUUGCAAAUGCCCGUAAGCACAGCAGCCUUGCACUUAGGAUCGUACGUAUUAAUGAUGAGCGGCAUCCACCUGGUUGCCACGCACAAAGGGUGGGAGCAACCGCAGGCCUGGAUGCCUUAUCACUCUCCCUUUCGUCUACAAUUACCAUCUCUAAUCAUGAUUGGUACCUGCACAAAACUUUCAUAACACUUGGUCAUGCAUUCGCUAUUUCUCGAUUCCUAGUAAUCACUCACCUGCGGCUGGGGGGUACCUCGCUUCAUAAUUGGUGGUGGGCGGAUGUGAAACGAACCACAGCACAUUCACAUCUACUAGGGAACAUUGACACGUAG